AUAGCCUCGAGCGACGCACGCUCACGUGUGCCGCGACGCGGGAAAUUUGAAUAUCGAAUUCUUUUUAUCCUGUAAUUGAAAAAGUUUUUUUUAUUUGUGUUUUGUGCCAGUGUUCUAUUACAAUACGUUGUUUAUCUGUGCAUAAAUUGGAAGCAAUUUCAAAUAUCAAUAACGGGUAAACAAUAACAUCAUUAGAGUGAGAGCAGUGUUAGAUAAAGACAACAAAGUCAUCGUGGAAUAGAAUUCUCACGUAAUGAUACAAUAAUCGUGUAAAAGUUCACGUUAUUCAGUUUGUAUUACGGCCAGACUGUUUGAGCCUCAUUUGAAACUAAAUUAGAUUCCAUAAAAGAUCACGACACAGUGGUUGGAACGGUCACAGAUAAUGAUCUGAUGAUUUACGCUGUGUUAAACCGACAAUAGAUUCUAUACAAUGUGACCAAUUAGAUUCGAGGCAAGGAAUAAAAAGCGAAGAUGACCAAAAUUAACGAGGCGAAUGUUAACAUGAUGGAGCAAAAUUCAGUUAACGAAAUUUGCUUCACAGAUUUAAAAAAGAAAGACAAAAUUGAAAAAUCUAAAAUUGAUUUAAAAAGACAUUCGAUAUCAAUUGAAGUCAUAGACAAAGUGAGCAUAGAUAAAACAAUUCGACUGGAAUUAAGAAAUCCAGAUAACGAAUGUAUUGUGAAAAAAAUUAAAAUUAAUGACAAAUCGGGUGACAAUCUAUCGAAGUUUAACGAUAGUUUGAUGGAAAACUGUGAUACGAACGGUGUUGAAGAUUUUGAGUAUUUGAACGGUGAUGGGGAAGAGCGCCUCGGCGGCGGAGGGCUGGGUCUGGGUAGUGGCGGGUUCCGCGGCGGAGGUCAGCCCUCGCUAGCGGACUUCCAGCCGCCUUACUUCCCACCGCCCUUUGCACCGCCUGCGCAUCCCGCCACACCGCAUCAGCAACAAAGUCAUGGCAUGGAUUAUGGAAGCAGUGGAGGUGGAGAGUAUGGUCAGCACUACGCACCUCAGCAAUUACUGCCUCGUCACCACGGUCACCACGAGCCGCAUGGCCAUCUGCGCCACCAUCGUGAUCAUCAUGACAUACAUUCGCACCAUUUAUCGCAUGGAGGCUUCAGCUAUAGCGGCAGUGAUCGGCGGUCAGAUUAUGGAGUCCGGGAACAGCAUGAGCUGGCGUUACAUCAUGCCCUACACUCCACAGAUGAAACACAGAAUGCUGGCAUGGAUGAUACCACGGGAUUCAUGACAGACUUACCCUUAUUAAAAUCGAUGAAAGGCCGCGAUGGCUUAAGCGCAGGGUCAUGUGCACCAAACGACGUGUUCUGCUCUGUGCCCGGACGCUUGUCACUUCUCUCUUCAACCAGCAAGUACAAAGUGACAGUUGCUGAGGUCCAACGAAGGCUAUCUCCCCCAGAGUGCCUCAACGCGUCGCUCUUAGGAGGAGUCUUACGGAGAGCAAAAAGCAAAAAUGGCGGACGUUUAUUACGAGAGAAAUUAGAAAAAAUAGGCCUUAACCUACCAGCGGGGAGGCGGAAAGCCGCGAACGUGACCCUGCUCACUUCAUUAGUAGAAGCUGAAGCGGUGCAUUUAGCCCGUGACUUCGGUUAUGUAUGUGAAACAGAGUUUCCUGCGCGGGCGUUAGCGGAAUACCUCGCGAGACAAUACGCAGAGCAUGACGCUAGACGAAGGCGGGACCUCUUGCAGGCCACGAAGCAGGUUGUCAAAGAAGUAAUGGAUCUUCUAAACCAAGAUAGGUCUCCACUCUGUAAUACUCGGCCGCCGCAUCUCCUGGAACCGGCGAUACAGCGACAUCUAACGCAUUUCUCGCUCAUCUCGCACGGUUUUGGAGGACCGGCCAUUGUUGCCGCUCUCACUGCCAUACAGAACUUCUUAAACGAGUCUUUGAAGCAUUUAGAUAAAUUAUAUCCACAAAGCGGUAUGGUUUCGUCAUCGUUAGACAAAACUAAAAUGGACCCUGAUAUCAAAAAGUAGCAGUGUGACGUCACCACAAGAAAGUAUUUGUGAAAUUACAACAGUAUAGAACGUGCCAAUCUCGAUAUUUUUUUUAAUUACAUAUUGCAUUUAUACAAAUUGGUGUUACUAUAUAUGUUUUCGUUUUAAGUUAUAAACCACUUCUGAAAACUAAAAAUAUAUAAACUGUACUUUUUUAAUUAUACCGCAAAAAUAAAGUGCAAUUAUAAUAAUACUCAAGAUUGUGAGAAUUAUGUAAAUAUAGAUUGAGAAAGUAGAUGUAAUUACGCAUUUUAUUAUAAGUGCCGAGACAAAUUACUUCUUUCGUUGCAGUGUAACGCUAUACAAGUGUGUAGUGUUAUGCUUGUCAGUUGACCAUGUCAUUAAAAUAUUGGCUAAUCACAGUACCGUUACCAGUAAUUUGUCUAAGAGCAACCCCGUUUUGUAUUCUCUUCAAAGAAAUAGUAUUUUAAUAACAGAGAGCCAUCGCAAUAAGUACACAUAUCAAAGUAAAUGUACAUAAUAAAGUAAGAUAAUAAACUGUUUUAGAAGCGUUUUUUCACAUUCAGGAUAUAUUCAGUUUUAGAUAUUUUUAAGGACUAAAAUUACUAAUUUGUGAAUAUUUUCCACCUAAAUGAUAAUAAUAAAAAGUCAGUCUUAAAUCCGCUUAAUUUAAACAUUGGAACCUCCUUAGUUUUAAAUUAGAUAUAGUUUUUGCUAGAUUCAUUGUGAACGUGUGCCAAUUAGUUUUAAAGUUAUAUUAACCUAUUCUGAGUGUUUUACGUAUGUUUAAAAUAAUAAUUUGUAAAUUAAUUAUUUCUUUAAUUUAAUUUGUAAUGAAACCUGCAAGAGGUAUCUUAGCUAUGUCCAAUAGUCACUCCAACAUCAUGGUUUACUAAACAGUAACGCAUUUUUUUGUGUAUUAAAUUACCAAGUAUUUAUUUUUUCACAGACUGUGUUGAGACUUCAAUAUGAAAGUACUUGAUAUUGUGUAUCUAUUUAUUGCCAUCUAUGUGUUUUAUAGUAUAAAGCUUCAAUAUUUUUAUAUAUUGACUAUAUAAGUGAACAUAAGUUAGCGUGACCACGAUUCACGUCUGGCUAAUUGCUCAACGUAUAAUUUAUAUUUUGCUAUGUGUCAUUACCUUCUAUUCAUUCUUAAUUUUAAGGCAAUAUUUCUAACUACUUAAAUCGCUAUUAAUCUGUGCAUUGUUUAUGUACGUGGAGGCAUAAAUUAAGAAAAUAACUACAUAUAAAAACAUUAUAUCAGAAUUUUACAGCGAAGUUACAACGCAGUUUUAAGGAGAGGUAUCAUAUAGUAAUAUCAUCCUAAAGGAGCUUUUACAUUUAUACCCACAUACAGACAAUAUGUACACAAAAAUAUUGUGUAAUGAGAAUAAAAUAAGUGGUCUUGCUUGAAGGUUUAUUCCUCUACUCCACAUUAUUAAACAAGCACGUUUAUUAUUUAUUUCAAGUAAAAUGUGACGUGCCAAGAAUUAAAAAUUAAUUUUGUUUAAUGUUUAUGAUGUAUUCGAUUUUAAUUUUAAGUUAUU